UUAGCAGUCAUUAUGUCAAUCAAACUCGACAGAUGUUGGUGAUGUGUUUGAAUCACUAAAAUCUUAUAAUAAAUUGAACAAAUGAAUCAAUAUAUUAUGUUAUCAUUAUUUUGUAGCCAGUAAACAUAUACUGUAAUGAAUUUUAACGCUUCUCGAAACGUUAAUCAGGCCGGGGGUAUUCGGAAGGCGAAACGGGUCAGCGAUAUUUCGGCUAUGGGGUCUCCAUCGCCAGCGCCCGCCUUCAGCCCGGGGCCAGCGUAUAAUCCACCAUAUUCACACCCCACUCCACCACCCCCAUACCAAGAAGGAAUACAAUUAGAAACAACUCAGGACUUUGGUUCUCCAAUACCUCCUACAAAUUAUAGCUACAUGGGUGGAUUUCCACAGGCGCCUAUGGCAUCCCCUGCUCAAAUAGGGUCAAUGUUACAGCAGCCUAUUGUCCAGGAUAUGGCAUUGCAAUACGGCAACCAACUCGCAGCCCAGGGGCGUGAGGUGAUGCAACGGGAGCUGAAUAAGUUUGUGCCAGUCUCUCGGUUGCGGUACUACUUUGCUGUAGACACCAGAUACGUCUUCAGGAAACUUCUACUAUUAAUAUUCCCGUUUACACAUAAGGAGUGGAUGGUGAAAUACGACCAGGACUUGCCGGUGCAGCCGCGGUAUGACAUCAAUGCGCCGGACCUCUACAUACCCUGCAUGGGCUACGUCACCUACGUACUUCUCGCUGGCUUCAUGCUGGGUCUCCAGCACCGCUUCUCACCAGAACAAAUAGGCAUCCAAUCAUCGAGUGCCCUCGCGUAUAUAAUCUUCGAAAUGGUCAUAUACCUGCUGACGUUGUACAUCACGAACACGAGCACCAACCUGAAGACGCUGGACCUACUGGCGUUCUCCGGAUACAAGUACACGGUGAUGAUCAGCAGUCUGCUGGCCGGGCUGCUGCUGGGCAAGACGGGAUAUUACUGCUGCCUCAUCUAUACCAGCUGCACACUCUCUUAUUUCUUGGUUAAAACCCUAAGGGUACAAGUAUUAGCGGGAUCGCAGUCCGCGGCCGCGGAGCAGGCGCCCUACGGCUACCAGCCCGCGUACGGCGCCUCCAACCCCUACGUGGACACGUGGGCGGGGCGGGGCGGGGCUGGCACCAAGCGGCGCGUGUACUUCCUGCUGUUCGUGUCCAUAGUGCAGCCGGUGCUCUCCUGGUGGCUCACGUACGGGCUCGUCCCACUCGAGGCGCCAGUGUCCUCGCCGCUUGCAGCCGCCGUGCCGCCCGUGCUCGCAGCACGAUAGCAGCCUCCACUGCGUCCUUAGAUAGUCUAUGGCCAGUUCACACCACGAACGAUUCAGUCUAUGGUGUGAAUAGACCACGCAUAUUAGAGUUAUUUGUACCGCUCUAUUUUUAUAAUCAUUCAAUUGAAAAAGCACUGUGGUGCGAAUUGCCCCACUAUAAAAAUCUUUGAGCGAUUCGCACCAUGGUCUGAAAGGCCCAAUGGUCGAUGGACGGGCACUGCCCUCUAGAAAAUUCGUCUUCACAUUGUUAUAAAAAAAGCCUACGUUCCACAUUCCCAUACAACUUACGUUUAAAUGUAUCACUGAUUUCUGUUACUUAAAAUAUGAAACUGGCAUGUCUAAACAUUAUAUUUUUACAGAGUUUUUAAAAUUGGAAUUUUAAAAUGUCACUGAAUAAUUAUAAUUAGCAGAAUUUGGUUGAAUAUAGAGUGCAUUCAGUUAAACUUUUAUAGUAGGUCUUUAUCUCAUUUUUUUUAUAUACGUGAAUGUUUCUUCCAUACAAAAUUAAUAGAUUAGUAUCAUUUAUUAAAACUGAAAUUGAAAGCAUGCCGUGAUAGAACAGCACACGUGACUGCUUCCACUAAAUAAAAAGUUUUUGUUAAUCGCUGGUUAUGGACCGUACUUAAUUUUCAUAUAUGUAUAGCGUUAAAGCUACCAAAAUAAUGUGUCCGAAGUAACCGAAAUUAUGCAGACAACAUUUGUUGGUUAAGGCAGGCAUGUGGCCAUACUGAUACGACACGACGAACAUAUGAACAUUGUAAUAGAAGGUAAGAUAGAAGGAAGGAGGGGAAGAGGGAGAUCAAGGAAUAGUUACAUCAGGCAGAUCAAGGAAGGAGUUGGUGUCGUGUCGUAUCAAGAGGUGAAGAGACUCGCUGAAAAUCGUAGUGAGUGGCAAGAGCUCCACCGACAAGAGCGCAGCUCUUAAAUAGGAUAGAUAGAGUGGCCAUACUAUUCAGCGAAGGAAGCACUGCCAAUACAAACUACGUUGACGCCGCUGAUUCUCUGCACUACAAUUACAAUAAAUUAUUCUAUUUUUGCAUUUCUAUUACAACGUUGUAUUGUAACGUUUGAAUGGUAAUGGUGUAUUUAGUUGUUGUAUAAAAAAAUGUGAGUUUUAUAACCGAUUUUAAAGAAGCAGCUUCUCAAUUCGAUUGUAUUUGUUCUGUGUAAGUUACGCAAAUAUUUCGCUAAUAUUCAUACGUUUUUUAUUAUUGUUUUAUAAUUCGAAAUGGUUUCCUUCCUUGUUGAUUCUCUAAUACUAAUUUUAUGUCGUGAUCUAUAGAGUGUAAUGAGAGACUGAAACAUACGUUACGUAUUUACGAAAUAUCUAUUUAAUAAUCUUUUAAUACUCGUUUUACGUUUGUGUAUUUCAAUUUUAAACGCGUAUCGCUAACGCUGUGCUUUGUUACGAUACCUUGAUUUGUCAUUUGUUCUAUUCAUCUUCAUUUAUACUGCGACAGAUGAAGUGUCGACAGGCGGCGUUAUUAGUCAGUUUUAGAUUAAGCCCGUGAUAAAUAUAUUCUUGUACCAAGUUUAUAUUUUAAUAAAUAAUUUUGCAAUCGAAACUGUCAUUUCUACUUCCCCCACCACAUAUAUUUAUUUGUAACGCCCUCUAUCGGAGCUUUAUCGACAAAAUUAUAAAGAUUGAAAGCAAAUUAUGUAAUAUUUAUUUGUAAAUAUGACUUAAAGUUGGAUUCAACAACGGAAAUUGUACAAUAAAUAUAACAAUAUAUAAAAAAUA